GAGAAGCCCCGGGGUAUUGCCCUGAAUGUGAUGAUUGGCUACAUAUUUCUGACGGAUUGGGGGAAUACGAGGCCAGGGAUCAUACGGUGCGAAUUGGACGGCGAGAACGUGAAGGUGUUGUUCAACGAGACGGUGGUCUCGUGGCCUAAUGGCAUAGCCGUUGACUAUCUCACGAAUAAGAUCUAUUGGGUCGACGCCAAGAGAGACUACAUCGCGAGCGCCGACUUCGAGGGCCACCACUUGACGUACAUAUCGGAGGGCGACUCCACGCCCCACCCCUUCGCGCUGGGAGUGUUCAAGAACUACAUCUACUUCGACGACUGGAACCUCCAGCAGAUUAUACUCAUGAAUAAGAACGACGGCAGCGAUAGGCGAGUGAUUCUGAGCGAAAUCGCCGGUGCGAUGGACCUGAAGAUAGUGACGCCACAGUUGAGGGACUCCGUGAACAGCUGUAGUGAUAAUAAGACCUCCAAUUGUUCCCAUUUAUGUGUACCGAAGCGUUUCGGUGGCCACAAGUGCUUGUGUCCGGACGGCUUCGACGUCGUGAAGACACCCGAAGGUAACGAACAGUGCGGCUGUCGUAACGGCGAAGAGCUGACCAAAUCAGGCCUCUGUAAGCCUCGAAAGGAGGGCCAGUCGUGUAAUAACGAGGAGUUCCUGUGCGAUAACGGCCUGUGUAUCCAAAAGCUGUGGAAAUGCGAUAGAGAUAACGAUUGCGGCGACGGAUCCGAUGAGAAGAACUGUAGUGACCAUCAGUGCAAUGAGAAUGAGUUCCAAUGCAAGCGCUCCAACAAAUGCAUUCCCAGUCACUGGAAGUGCGACUUCGAUGCCGACUGUAUGGACGGCUCGGACGAAGAGCUGACGAUGUGUUCGUCAGUGUAUCCCAAAUGCAACGAAAGCACACAAUUUCAGUGCAAAAAUCACAGAUGUAUUGACCGGAAGUUGAUGUGCGAUAUGGAAGACAACUGCAGGGAUGGCAGCGAUGAGGAGAACUGUACGACGAAGACAUCGAAAUGCAAAGAAGACGAGUUUCAGUGCAAGAAUGGCGACUGUGUUCUCGCUGUUUGGCGAUGCGAUGGCGAUAACGAUUGCAGAGAUAAGUCGGACGAAGCCAACUGUUCCCGGUCUUCGUGUAAUUCGUGGCAAUUCUCGUGCGAUCACAUGAAAUGCAUAUUCAAGACCUGGCAGUGCGAUGGAGAGUACGACUGUGAGGACCACACGGACGAGAAGGACUGUCCGAACAGUACAUCAGUGGUGACCAAACCCUCGACAGCCAUAUCGACGACGUCUACGACCGCGAAUCCAUUGGACUCAUGCGCUGGCGAUUGGUUCCGAUGCGCGACCGGUAUAUGUGUGCCAUUGAUAUGGCGUUGCGAUCGAGUGGACGACUGCGGCGACAAUUCCGACGAAAGCGGCUGUGAUUACAAGAAUAGCGGUUCCGCGACCUCACCGGCCGUUCCCACGCAGGGAUCAAAGGAGGGCUGUGGUCGCGAGAGGUUUCAGUGCGCGGACGGGCAGUGUGUGUGGGACUCGUGGCUGUGCGACGGCCAGAAGGACUGCGACGGCGGCGAAGACGAAGACAAUUGCAAAUUCGGUGCCAAGAAUUGCACGGAAAAUGAGUUCAAAUGCAUUCAUACGUCCGGGUGCGUGCCGUUGAGCGACGUCUGCAACGGGAGGGAUGACUGCGGGGACGGGACGGACGAGUGGGGCUGUCGUAACGAACAGACCGAUCACGCGGUGAAGCCGGCGAUGAAGUGCUCGGGCUUUACGUGUAAAAGCGGGGAGUGUGUGGAGAGUCACAAGCGAUGCAAUCAUAGGCCCGACUGUUUCGAUGGGUCCGAUGAGGACAACUGCUCGCACACCAUAUACGCGGUCAACGAC